AUGAAGUUCUUUGCUACACUUCUUACUGCCGCCGCGCUGAACACGCCUGUUCUCGCUGGUCCAGUUGCUGAACUCGUUGAAAACAACUUGGAAGAACGAGCCCCCUUCGUCAACUGCCGCCCUCGCCUCAACAAUGCUGCAGGCCCCAUCAGGAACUUCCAAGUUGACGUUGCUGUUGCCCAAGCUCAAGCCAGGAAGGCAGGCUUCACGACCGGCAAGAGCGGAGACCCUCACAGGUAUUACAACGGAGACGGUCUCGUUUUUAACAUCUAUAACUGUGAUAAGGCUGGCGCCAUGCUGUGGGAAUACCCAAUCUAUUGGGUUGGCAAGAAUGCGGAGUGGGAGAAGGACACGAAAACGGAUAGGCAGCCUGGUGGCCCUACUCCUAUCCGCGUUGUGUAUGCUAAUAACAAUGGCGGAAUUGUGUAUUGUGGCGUGAUGACGCAUUCUAUUGUUACGAACAACAAUCAGGGCCAAGGUUUCUUCCAGCUAUGUGUAUAA